GCAAAGACGAAUUUUAUGUUCCGUACCAGCAGUGAAAAUGAAGAUCUCCAAUCGCGAAAUUAUUUUCAAUUUAUAUAAUUAAAAUAAAAAAUGUUUAAAAAUUCGGUUGCCUUGGGGCGUGAAUACUCAACCAUGUAUUAUAACUCAGUAUAUAAUGCAGCUACCAUGUUCGACAUGAAACACUCUGAAAGUCAAGUUCAGCAACAGAUAUAUAACACAAAUCACAUAGGUUAUGUGCCAGCUUCGAGUACUCGGAUCGUUAAGAAACGAAAUACAGCUAACAAAAAGGAGAGGAGGCGGACACAAAGCAUAAACAACGCGUUUUCCUACCUUCGGGAAAAGAUACCUAACGUUCCUACAGAUACAAAAUUAUCGAAGAUUAAAACAUUGAAGUUGGCCAUAUUGUACAUAAACUACUUAGUUAAUGUUCUUGAUGGAGAUCAGGAUCCGAAAGGCGGUUUUCGAGCAGAACUAAAGCCGGCCAGCCGGAAAAUUUGUAGCGAAAAGAAACACUGUUUAAAGUCAGAGCCUCAAAAUGUUCCCAUGUCGACUAAGGGCCGUACAGGUUGGCCACAAGAUGUUUGGGCAUCGGAACUUAUUCCAGAGCAUAAUUAGACUACCGUAAUUUACUUACAUUUUAUUUCAUAAUAAAUACACAUUAAUUAAGCAUAAAUAAAUAAAAACAUAAAAUAAACAAUAUUACCAAAAUAA